AUGCCGCCGCCGCCGCCGCCGAAGGGCCCCCCCCCCGAGCCGGGGCCGCCCCCGUCCCCCGCCUCGGUGACGGUGACCGUCGGGGAGGAGGCCGCAAACACCCCGCUCCUCGGGGAGGAGGCCGAGAGCCCCCCGGGCGACGGGGGCAUCGCCACCCUCCGGGGCCUGAUGGGCCACGCCACCAAGUCGUUCCCCUCGUCCCCCAGCAAAGGGGCACCGUGCGGAAGCCGGGCCAAAAUGUCCGUGACGGGGGCCGGGAAAUCCCCUCCCUCGGUCCAGUCCCUGGCCAUGAGGCUCCUGAGCGGGCCCGAGGUCCCCCCGGCCGGCCCGGACGGGAAGCCCAAGGUCCACCGGGCCCGGAAGACCAUGGCCAAGCCCGGGAGCGGGCAGCCCCCGGUUCCAGAGAAGCGGCCCCCCGAGGUCCAGCAUUUCCGUGUGAGCGACGAUCUCCGUUCAGUGGGGGACAUGGGCCCAGACAUCGCUAAGCGGAGAAAACUGGACCUGAUGGAUGAAGGAUCUCACAAUAGAGAACUGGACAGGGGUGGACAUCUCAGGGGAGAGUCAGAGGAUCUGGGUCCAGCCCAGGGCCCGGGGGCGUCCAGCCUGGACAAGGGGGGCCGGGGGACCCUGGAGGACUGGGAGACGGACGUGGGCGAGGGCUUCAGCCUGUACUACGACUCUUACUCCGUCGACGAGCGGGUCGACUCUGACAGCAAGUCUGAGGCCGAGGCCCUGGCGGAGCAGCUGAGUGAGGAGGAAGAGGAGGAGGAGGAAGAGGAAGAAGAGGAGGAGGAGGAGGAAGAGGAGGAAGACGAAGAGUCGGGGAAUCAGUCUGACAGGAGCGGCUCCAGCGUCCGGCGCAAGGCCAAGAAGAAGUGGCGGAAAGACAGUCCCUGGGUGAAGCCCACCAGGAAGCGGCGCAAACGGGAGGCCCGGCCCAAGGAGCCGCGAGGCGUGAAUGGGGUGGGACCUUCCACCGCCCCCACUGAGUACAUGGAGGUGCCGCUGGGGUCCCUGGAGCUGCCCAGGGAGGGGAACCUCUCCCCCAGCCAUGCAGGGGUCUCCAAUGACACGUCGUCCCUGGAGACCGAGCGCGGCUUCGAGGAGCUGCCCCUCUGCAGCUGCCGCAUGGAGGCUCCCAAGAUCGAUCGCAUCAGCGAGCGGGCGGGACACAAGUGCAUGGCCACGGAGAGCGUGGAUGGGGAGCUGCUGGGCUGCAGCGCGGGGAUCCUGAAGCGGGAGACGAUGAGGCCUUCGAGCCGGGUGGCGCUGAUGGUUUUGUGCGAGACUCACCGGGCGCGGAUGGUCAAGCACUACUGCUGUCCGGGCUGCGGAUACUUCUGCUCGGCGGGUACGUUCCUGGAGUGCCACCCCGACUUCCGGGUGACCCACCGCUUCCACAAGGCCUGCGUUUCCCAGCUGAACGGGAUGGUGUUCUGCCCCCACUGCGGGGAGGACGCCUCCGAGGCCCAGGAGGUCACCAUCGCCCGGGAGAAUGUGGCCGUCCCGCCCCCCGGGACCCCCGCCCCGCCACCCCCUGCCCAGGAUGCCCCCGGCCGGGCCGACACCUCCCAACCCAGCGCCCGGAUGCGUGGGCACGGGGAGCCGCGGCGGCCGCCCUGCGAGCCUCUGGCCGACACCAUCGACAGCUCCGGGCCGUCCCUGGCCCUACCCAACGGCGGCUGCCUCUCCGCGGUGGGGCUGGAGGCCGGGCCCGGCCGGGAGGCGCUGGAGAAGGCUCUGGUGGUCCAGGAGUCGGAGAGGAGGAAGAAGCUGCGUUUUCACCCCCGGCAGCUGUACCUAUCGGUGAAGCAGGGGGAACUGCAGAAAGUGGUCCUCAUGCUCCUGGACAACCUGGACCCCAACUUCCAGAGCGACCAGCAGAGCAAGCGAACCCCGCUGCACGCGGCCGCGCAGAAGGGCUCGCUGGAGAUCUGCCACGUCCUGCUGCAGGCCGGGGCCAACAUCAACGCGGUGGACAAGCUACAGCGGACGCCGCUCAUGGAGGCCGUGGUCAACAACCACGUGGAGGCCGCCCGCUACAUGGUGCAGCGCGGGGGCUGCGUCUUCAGCAAGGAGGAAGACGGCUCCACCUGCCUCCAUCACGCGGCCAAGAGCGGGAACCUGGAGAUGGUCAGCCUGCUGCUGGGGACCGGGCAGGUCGAUGUCAACGCUCAGGACAACGGGGGCUGGACCCCCAUCAUCUGGGCAGCGGAGCACAAGCACAUCGAGGUGAUCCGCCUGCUGCUGACGCGGGGGGCGGACGUCACGUUGACCGACAAUGAGGAGAACAUCUGCCUGCACUGGGCCUCGUUCACAGGCAGCGCCGCCAUCGCCGAGGUGCUGCUCAACGCCCGCUGCGACCUGCACGCCGUCAACUACCACGGCGACACGCCCCUGCACAUCGCCGCCCGCGAGAGCUACCACGACUGCGUGCUGCUGUUCCUGUCCCGCGGGGCGGACCCGGAGCUGCGGAACAAGGAGGGGGACACGGCCUGGGACCUGACAGCCGAGCGCUCCGACGUCUGGUUCGCCCUGCAGCUCAGCCGCAAGCUGCGCCUCGGGGUGGGGAACCGCUGUCUGCGCACCGAGAGGAUCGUCUGCAGGGACGUGGCGCGGGGCUACGAGAACGUGCCCAUCCCGUGCGUGAACGGCGUGGACGGGGAGCCAUGUCCCGAGGACUACAAGUACGUCUCCGAGAACUGCGAGACCUCCACCAUGAACAUCGACCGCAACAUCACCCACCUGCAGCACUGCACCUGUGGGGACGAUUGCUCCAGUUCCAACUGCCUGUGUGGCCAGCUGAGCAUCCGCUGCUGGUACGACAAGGACGGCCGGCUGCUGCAGGAAUUCAACAAGAUCGAGCCGCCGCUCAUCUUCGAGUGCAACCAGGCCUGCGCCUGCUGGCGCAACUGCAAGAACCGCGUGGUGCAGAGCGGGAUCAAGGUGCGGCUGCAGCUCUACCGCACGGCCAAGAUGGGCUGGGGGGUCCGCGCCCUGCAGACCAUCCCCCAGGGCACCUUCAUCUGCGAGUACGUCGGGGAGUUGAUCUCGGACGCGGAGGCCGAUGUGAGGGAAGACGACUCCUACCUGUUCGACCUGGACAACAAGGACGGCGAGGUGUACUGUAUCGACGCCCGUUACUAUGGCAACAUCAGCCGCUUCAUCAACCACCUGUGCGACCCCAACAUCAUCCCCGUCCGUGUCUUCAUGCUGCACCAGGACCUGCGCUUCCCGCGCAUCGCCUUCUUCAGCUCCCGGGACAUCCGCGCCGGCGAGGAGCUCGGCUUCGACUACGGCGACCGCUUCUGGGACAUCAAGAGCAAGUACUUCACGUGCCAGUGCGGCUCGGAGAAGUGCAAGCACUCGGCCGAAGCCAUCGCCCUGGAGCAGAGCCGGCUCGGCCGCCUGGACCCCCACCCGGAGCUGCUGGCCGACCUCGGCCCCCUGCCCCCCUGCCCGCCCUGACCGCGGCCCGGCGACUCCCUCCUGCGCCCGGGGUGGGGGCAGCGAGGGGAGAAGCCCAGCUCAGCCCUCACGCAUUCCCUGGCG